AUGCAUCUCUACAAGGCUUUUAUUCUUGUGCUCGCUCAUCUCGCCCUGAGCCUGGCCCUGCCUGUGCCGUCACCGAAAUAUGCACAACAGCAACCUUUGCCUCGCCCUCCACGACUAUCACAACUUGUGUCCCAACACCCACCUGCGCAGGAGUCUACUCAUCCUGUGAGUUCGGCACCCCGAACAACCAAUGCUGCUCGGGCUACUGCGCCGCCACCAGAUGUCGAUCGACGGAUCCUGACUGGCCAUCUUGCAUCGAAGAUGGGGGGCCUUGCGUUGUCGAUGCACACUGCUGUUAUGGGAAUUCAUGCAUAA